AUGGAGUUCCUUUCUCUCAACUUAGAGAACCAGUCUCCACUACCACCAAAGCCGAAUCUUCUACGUCAGAUCAUCGUCGUGGCGUCUAUCGCCGCCGGUGUUCAGUUUGGAUGGGCUUUACAGCUAUCCUUGCUGACACCCUACGCCCACCUCCUUGGUAUCCCACAAGCUUCCGCAGCUUACAUCUUAUUUUGCGGACCAAUAAGUGAGAUGCUCGUGCAGCCCAUAGUAGGCUACUAUAGUGACCGCUGCACGUCGUGGUUUGGACGACAGCGGCCUUUCAUUGCUCUCGGCACCUUAGCGGUCGCCAUUGCAGUGCUUUUUAUAGGCUACGCUACUGACAUGGGACACAUGUUUGGUGACUCGCUUGAGAAGAAUGCCCGCUCGCGCGCCAUAGCCAUCUUCGUGGUCGGGUUCUGGAUCCUCGACGUUGCUAACAACAUGCUUCAAGCUCCUUGCUGGGCAUCCCUUGCCGACCUCGCCGCCGGAGACCAACGGAAAAUGCGGACGGCCAACGCUGGCUUCUCGUUCUUUGUGGGGUUGGAAAACUUCCUAGGAUACGCCGCUGGUUCCUACAGCGGUCUCCAUCACAUUUUCCCGUUCACAAGAACGAAAGCGUGCGAUGUAUACUGUGCCCACCUGAAAAGCUAUUUCUUCCUUUCAAUCAUGCUGUUGCUAACCCUAGCCACGGCGGCGGAGGUAUACGUGAAAGGGAAACCACUCUCGCUGCAGAAAUUAACGGCGGCGGCGGACGCCGAGAUUAAAGGCAAAUCAGAACACAUGGAUAAGCAUUAA